AGUGGCUGCUGAUUGUUUAUAGCCGCUGGUUCUGUGUAAUUUUUCUGUUUGGCAUUUGUGUGUGCCGUGCGCUCCACACCGGCUUCGGAUUAAGCGAGAUUUUCAUGAAAUUCAAUCGUUUUUCUUUUUAUUCGUCGUGUUUUGCCACUAAUCUGAGUCAAAGGUGCCUAAUAUUUGCCAAGACGUGUUCAAUACGUUUUCCACGUCGUUUUUUUGCCAAUUUUUUUUUCUGUCUCGGUCCGUUUGAAAUGUUUAUUGAUCGAGUCCGGUUUAUUUUCGCUGUUAACAUGGUUUUGAAGUGAUUUCUGGGCGACGACGUUGUGUGUGAGCGCGCGCGUACGCCAGUGAGUGUUGUUGUUGGAGUGUUUUGUGUAGUUCACUCGUAUCGAAUGCCAUAAAUCAAUCGAUUCAAAUAGUCAAAACUCAGUAGCAGCAUUUCGUGUAGACGACAAACAACGAGAAAUAGUUUCAGAUGGUUCGAGCUCUAUAUAAUGCUUGUCCAAUGGAUUACCUAUAUCAGAGUUCUUGUUCAGCGCCAGCGAAUCCACUUCCAUAGUAGUAAAAUGUCGUCAAUGGCGAAUGGCACUUCAAAGGAAAAAUUAGCAUUUUGCAAAUGUAAGCGGUCGGCUUGUGUUCGAAACUACUGCCAGUGUUAUGAUCAAAAGAGAGUUUGCGGUCCAGCUUGUCGCUGUUUCAAUUGCCAAAAUCGAUUUUCAACGAGUACGACCAAUGAAGAAAUGGCAAAGUCAAAUAACAGUAAAUACAAUUCGUCGCAAAUGGAUCAGAGUAGUUCGAGUAAUGGGAGAGGCAAUCGUAAGCUCUUUGAAAACGAUGCAUAUGAGUCAUUUGCUCAAAGCCUCUUUUCAACGGCAAAAUCGUGUCACCAGGCGGGUAGCAGUACGCAAGCAACGCAACGCAAACUGUUAGAAACAUUUCAUGCCGGAUUAUCCCGUCUCAAUCAAGACAUCGAUAAGAAGUUGAAUCAAAAGUAGCGAGUUUGAAUGUGAAAGUAUUGGGAGUAUUUCGGUGUGAGCGUCUGUCCUUGAUAAGUGAAACGGUUUACAAUAAAAAAAGUAUUCUUAAGUUUGGUUUUUAAAAAAAUGAAUUCCUGGCAUUUUAGUCGCUGAAUUAAAAAUGCCAGUCGCAGAAUAUUUGAAUGGUUUUAAAGUAGCCGGCGACACCAAUACCAAAUAGUGCGUCGAUUUUUCUGCGAUAAACCAUGUCGCAAAAGUCGAAAUUAUAUAAAUUCUUUGAUAUAUCGGUGCAGCCAUCAUUAAACCGCAGCAACUACACAAGUGAUUACACUCUGCAUUGCGCUCAACAUCAUCGAGACGUUAAUUUACGACACAUUUUUUUUUUUUGCAUUUAUAUUGCAUAACCUUGAGCUGAACCAGUUUUGCGUUGAAUAUAAUGACGAAUUACAAUCAUAUUUUUUGUUUAAGCGAAACAAAUUACCGGUUGACUAUUUGCUGUCAUUCGACAUGCGACGUUGUUCAUAUCAUCGGGGAAAAAAUUGAACGGCAAUUAAAUGAAUAAGUACAGAAUGUCUAAAUUGUUUUUCUUUUGCUUCGUAGAAUAGUUCUAGGGUCUCUUGUUAUUUUAUUUAAGCGAAUCAAAUGGUUUUAAUUUCAAUUUAUUAACUUUAGCUUUUACAUGAUGAUAAUGGUUUUGUAUCGGUUUAUGAUGAAGACGAUUUCACAUUGUGCGAAUUUUUAAUCAGACAAUAAAAUGGUAUUUUGUAAUUGUAA